GAAGAAGCUUUCAAGCAACCGAUUAUCUCCUUGAGUAUCUCUGUAGCUUAUGCUAGAAUCUCCUCAUUUCACGGCCAAGACUGGAAAUUUCAAAGGAAUAAUCAAGUCUGAUGUCACUUCUCUCUCACACUUUGAGAGGAAUAUAGCUUCUAGGCAUGGAAAUCAUCCCUUACAAUAAUCCACCAUGUUGUCAUUUGAACCGGAAUUUAGUAAAGAAAAGCUUGAAUAGACAGCAAGUGAAGCUUCUAUCUUUAAGAAGAAACAGCACUUCAUGUACUAGGAUUCAUUGUAGAAGUGGGUCUGUUGAAUCUUCUGAUAAAAGAUAUCCUUGCUUAAAGAAAUACUCUCAUGGGAAAAGUUCUAGGCCUUUUAACGGUCUUGAACCAGUGAAAAAUGUUGACACAAAGGUCUUCAGUGGAAACUAUGAUGGAUAUGUAAUUGGAAAUGAAGAGGAUGUGGGAAGUAUGUCAGAAACUGGGGAAUCAUUGGGCAGGGUUUCGAUUCCUGGGUUGCCAGGUGAUUCUAAUGGUGAAUGUGAGGCUCCUAUAAGCAGUGGCUCUUGGGAAUGGAAACCCAAGUUUAAUGUGCAUUAUGAGAAAUCGGGUUGUGAAAAUGUCAAUUCUCCCCCAAUUCUGUUUCUUCCUGGUUUCGGUGUUGGUUCUUUUCACUAUGAGAAGCAACUGAAGGAUUUGGGUCUUGAUUAUAGAGUAUGGGCAAUUGACUUCCUUGGCCAGGGCUUGUCAUUGCCUGUUGAAGAUCCCACUUCACAGUCUGAGGAGAGCACCUCAAAAGGGAAGGAUCUUGUGUGGGGAUUUGGAGAUAAAACUGAACCAUGGGCCAGUGAACUGGUUUAUUCUAUGGAUUUGUGGCGAGAUCAAGUUCAUUAUUUUGUUGAACAGGUGAUAGGUGAACCAGUCUAUAUUGUGGGGAACUCUCUAGGAGGAUUUGUUGCAUUAUACUUUGCAGCAUGCCAUCCACAAUUGGUGAAGGGUGUUACACUACUUAAUGCAACUCCUUUUUGGGGAUUUCUACCUAACCCCGUAAAAUCUCCAAGACUAGCAAAGAUAUUUCCAUGGUCUGGAACAUUUCCUCUGCCAGAAAGUGUGAGAAAGCUGACAGAAUUUGUUUGGCAGAAAAUAAGUGAUCCUGAAAGCAUCGCACAGGUACUUAGGCAAGUUUAUGCAGAUCAUUCCACUAAUGUUGACAAAGUAUUUUCUCGUAUCCUUGAGAUCACAGAACAUCCUGCUGCUGCUGCAUCAUUUGCUUCAAUUAUGUUUGCCCCUAGAGGAGAACUAUCAUUUAGGGAUGCUUUAUGCAGGUGUCAUAUGAACAGUGUUCCCAUCUGUCUAAUGUAUGGAAAAGAAGAUCCCUGGGUGAAACCCAUCUGGGGCCUUCAGGUUAAAAAGCAGGUGCCUGAAGCUCCAUACUAUGAGAUCAGCCCCGCUGGUCAUUGUCCACAUGAUGAAGUUCCUGAGGUUGUGAAUUAUUUACUUCGUGGGUGGAUCAAAAGCCUGGAAUCCCAAGGUUCGGUUUCAUUACCCCUGCUUGAUGAUACUGAAAGUAUACAGAAUAGCAUUAACAAGGAUUUGGAAUUCAUGAGAGAAGGUUCAAAAAAAUCAGUUAGAGUGCGAUUCUUUGGUUUGAGGUUCUCAGUUUGGGAUCGGAUAACAUCUUAUUUAAAAUCUCGGUUUGGCACACUGGAUAUCCAAUCCCCAUAACAAAAUACAUUACAUGAUGUAAAUUCCUGUAAGCUCUCUUCAGCUUAGUUUGAUAACACGCUGAUUUGUAGCUGCAGCAUUUGGUUUUUUUAGUCCUUUAAUACCCUAAAAAUAUAGAAAAUAUAUAUUA